GUAUCCUUCUCUCGUGCAACGGAUGAUUGUUCAUCUUCGGCCUAUUCCUCCUCGAUCGGGUGAAACUCGGCCGCUAUCGGCGCUGCAACGCUCCGCUAGACGAACUGCACCUCAUCAUUGAACCCAGCAACUCUCGUGAUACCAUUGUCGUUGUCCCGAAACACCACCGCCAUGAGUGUCAUGCGCCCACCGCUGCUCGAAGCGGCAUUGAAAUCAUGCCGACCCUCGCGGCCCUCGACGGCGAUUCGCAAUGCCCUUCAGCAACGAGCACGCCUCCCACAGCGAAGACAUCAGUCGUCGCGACCACCUCUCCCGCCGGGUAGAUUUCAGAAGACGGAAGUGUGGUACCCCAAGACGAGAAUAGCGGUGGGCAUUGUGUUUAUUGGUUCUCUGAUCUACUCAAUGGCUACCGGCGACAAGGACAUCCCUUCUGGAGACCCACCUCCUCCUCCUCCCAAGCCUUCCUCCUCUUCUCACGAACUCGAAUCUCCCUCCAUCGCCGAACGCGACAAUCUCGCCAAACGUGAAUCCGGCGUCGAUGCCCGAUCUCCAAUGCGCCUGCGCAUGGAGCAAUACAUUAAAGAGAAGCAAAAGGAAAUCGUACGAGCGCUCGAAGCUUUAGAUGGACAAUCUUUCCAGCGAGACGAGUGGUCACGGCCGAAUGGCGGAGGAGGCAUCUCGUGCGUGCUGCAAGAAGGCGACGUAUUCGAAAAAGCCGGCGUGAACAUCAGCGUGGUCUACGGCACUUUGCCACGAGCAGCGGUCGCGAAGAUGCGAGUCAAUCACAAAGCAUUGGAUCCCGACGUUGAGAGUCUCGAAUUUUUCGCCGCGGGUCUAAGUCUAGUUCUGCACCCUCACAACCCCAUGGCGCCGACGGUUCACCUCAACUACCGCUACUUCGAAACGGCCAACGCCGACGGCUCGACGAAUGCGUGGUGGUUCGGCGGCGGAACAGAUCUCACGCCUUCUUACCUCUUCGACGAGGACGUCAUCCACUUCCACCGCGGCAUCAAAGAGGCCUGCGACGCGCACGACAAGGACUACUACUCACGCUUCAAGAAGUGGUGCGACGAGUACUUCUCCGUCAAACACCGCGGCGAAUCCCGAGGCGUGGGAGGAAUCUUCUUCGACGACCUGGACGAAUCCGAAAAAGAUCAGGAGUCCCUCUUCGCGUUCUGCCAGAGUUGUCUCGGAGCGUUCUUGCCGUCGUAUAUACCUAUCAUUCAAAAGAGAAAGGACAUGCCGUUCACGGAGAAGGAGAAGCAGUGGCAGCAAUUACGACGGGGGAGGUAUGUGGAGUUCAAUCUGGUGCAUGAUCGCGGAACGGCGUUUGGAUUGAAUACCCCUGGCGCGAGGAUUGAGAGUAUUUUGAUGAGUUUGCCGUUGACGGCGAGGUGGCAGUAUCAGCAUGAGCCGGAGAAGGGGAGUCGGGAGGAUCGGUUGUUGAAUGUGUUGAAGAAUCCGGUGGAGUGGGUAUAG